AUGGAAAAUCAACUGGAAGGCGGAGAUACUGCAACAUCUCGCAAAAACGGUACAGAAGACGUAAAGAAAGCUCAAGAAAAACAGGAGGAUGAACUGAAGAAAAGCUCAAUGCAAAAGAAAAACCUAUCAGACCCACAUAUGACCAAGGCGUUCCUAAGAGACGUGUGCAAGAAGAACAACCUGUACUCCACACCUUGCCUGAAUGACGCACUGUAUCUGCAUUUCAAAGGUUUCUCCGUCAUCGAGAACCUGGAAGAGUACACAGGGCUGAAGUGUCUCUGGCUGGAAUGUAAUGGUCUGCAACGCAUUGAGAACCUGGACGCUCAGACUGAUCUACGCUGCUUGUUCCUCCAACAGAAUCUCAUUUAUAAGCUGGAGAACCUUGAAUCUCUGCGCAAGCUCUGCACCUUGAAUGUCUCGAACAACUACAUCCAUGUUAUAGAGAACAUCGCUGGCCUUCCUGAUCUGAGCACUCUGCAAAUUGCCCACAACAGGUUGGAGUCUGUGGGGGACAUAGAGCAUCUGAGACAGUGUCCUGCAAUUAAUGUGUUGGACUUGUCCUACAAUUUGCUCCAUGAUCCAGAGAUCCUCUCUGUGCUCGAGGCCAUGCCAGAACUGCGAGUGCUGAAUCUGAUGGGAAAUCAAAUGGUGAGAAGUAUCCCGAACUACAGAAAGACUGUGAUCGUACGCCUCAAGCAGCUCACUUUCCUCGACGAUCGCCCCGUGUUCCCCAAAGAUCGGGCGUGUGCAGAGGCGUGGGCCAGGGGAGGAGUGGAGGAGGAGUGCAAGGAGAGGAAGCAGUGGGAAACGAGGGAGAGGAAGAAAAUCCAGGACAGUUUGGAUGGAAUGGCUCUGAUCCGAAAAAAGGCUCAGGAGAGAAGGCGUUGGCGAGAGUUACAAGAAAAAGGUGAAACUGGACGUCCUGCAACCCCAGAGAUGCUUUGGAAAGAAGGCAGCAUCCAGAGUUUGACUUCCUCUCAAGACAAGGUCCAGGUGUUUGUGGAGGAUAGUCUGGGUGCACAUGAACAGGUCUCAGAGAGUCCACGAGAACAAGAGGCAGAUGAAAAUCAGGUAAACGGUGAAGAGAAGCUGCAGAGAAAAAACGAUGAGGGCCCAUCACUGAUGAAGGAAGUGACAGAAGAAGGAAAAGUGAACCUGGAGAAAUGUGUCCAAGAACAGCCCGUUGCAGUAGAGCAGACAACAGAGGAACAAAAUGGGGCAAUGAUAAAUAAAGAAAAGGAGCAGCCUACCUUCAUCAGAUCGCUCCUUCCUGCAGCAGAUGGGCUUGGAUCUGUACACGGUCCUGGACCUCUGGUGACCGAACUGGAGGAUGAAGAGCAGCUGGAAAACAUUCACCUCUCCAUGCACCGAUCACUGCGUAUCAGCGAUCUGCCCGAUUUGGAGGACGUGGAUGUGGAGUUCAGUUCUCCUCAGCAGGUGAUCACACCCAAAAUAGAAGUCGUAUCAGAAAGCAGUGAUGGAGAAGCAGCUGGGGCUCCGAGCGACGGCACCUCCACCGUUAAUCCAAGUGAAAACUUUUCAUCAGGUGGCUCCAAAUCUGCUAGGCUUUUUAGUAAUUCAUCACGGUUGUACCCAGAGGACACCAACAUCUCUCCAUACAUGUCAGCCUGA